CGGUAACAUUUGUUUUGGUUGAUCAAGAAACAACCGUCCGCGUGGCAAAAACUUGGCCACUCUCCAAGUACCACCCCAAGAUCCUGACCGUAGAAAAUGGAAUCUGAGGCGUAGAGUUCAAACAGUGAAAUAAGGGUUAAUAUAUUCCAACGGUCGAAUUGGAUUGACUGCAUUUUAAUAAGAUACGCCUGAAAAGAGAGAUGGGGCAGAGAAGAAAGAUUGGUUCAGAAAUCCCAGAAACCCUAAUCGCGGAGGAGCAAGAAGCAGAAGAAGGACGAUUCUUCGCAUGCUAUCUGUUGAGCUCUCGCAGCCCCCGCUACAAAGGCCACACCUAUAUUGGAUUCACAGUGAACCCACGGCGUCGUAUAAGACAGCACAAUGGUGAAAUAGCGCAAGGUGCUUGGAGAACGAAGCGGAAGCGUCCAUGGGAGAUGGUGUUGUGCAUCUAUGGUUUCCCAACUAACGUUUCUGCUCUCCAGUUUGAAUGGGCCUGGCAGCACCCAACUGUAUCAAAGGCGGUUAGGCAGGCUGCUGCAGGCUUUAAAUCACCGCGAGGGCUUGUCAGUAAGAUCAAACUUGCAUACACCAUGCUCACUCUCCCUCCUUGGCAGAGCUUGAACAUCACUGUAAAAUUCUUUUCAACCCAGUACACCAAACAUUCUGCUGGUUGUCCACGACUUCCGGAACAGAUGAAGGUCAAAGUCUGCUCUAUGGAUGAGCUUCCUUCCUGUACUAAACCGUCUGAUGACCUUUUGGAAAAUGAAGAUGAGUGGUGUCAUGAAAGGGAAUGUGAUGAAGAUAUGAAUUCCAGUACACUACCCGAAGAAACAUUAUUGGACUUCAGGACUCAUAAUUCAGCAGAUGAUCAGCAGAGUGAUAGUGGCAUUAGAAUGAAUGAAUGAAGUACAUGGAUGCAGUAAGGAAGUAGGAGAAGAUGAGUGCUAUAAUGGAAAAGAAUGUGAUGAAGCUAUGAAAGAUGGUACAUGACAGAAGAAACAUUAUCAGAUCUUAUAGUUCAAAGUUCAGCAUAUGAUCAGCAGGAUGAUACUGGCAAGAUAAUUAACGAAGCAUAUGGAUGCAGUGAAGUAGUAGGAGAGGAUUGUACAGAGCAAUUUGGUUUUAUGGCAUCGCCAGUGAGAACGCCAUCUUCAAAUGGCACUACCUCAUUUGACACAGAAGUAACUAAAGAUAUAGGUUUGUGUAGAUCUUCUGAUGACAUGAGUGUUGAUUUGGGCCGACCUGCAAGGGAAUAAUCGACAGCUAUAGUUGCAGACGAUGAUCAGUCUCCCAGCAGAAGCUAUCUCCGGCCUUGUGGAGCUGAGGUAAUAGAUUUGACAACCCCUGCUCCCCUAUGCAGAAGCCAUUUAAUAUGUUUGAUGAUUUUAUGGUUUGGUCGAAUAAUUUAGAGGAAUUUGUAAUAUAUAGUAAUAGCCUUCUGGUUCAAGUCUUACAGUUUGAAUGAAAUAAAAGAUCUUUUUUACUCACUUCAAUGAAUUAA